AUGCAGUCAAAUAUAUACGAUGCUGUGAGUGAUGUUCGCAUGGAGCAGAGUUACUUUCAACACCGAAUUGAUACUCUCGAGGCAAAUCUAAUAAAACUUCAGGAACAAUUGACAGCUCUUCCUAGCUUACUUCAAUCCACUCUAUUCCAGCAGUACCUGGCUAUUCAGCAACUUAAUUCUUCACUGCACCAUUCUGAGCGAAUAUCAGAUUAUAAACAAUCUAUGAACAUGCAAGACAAACAGGGCCAAUCCGAUGAAAACUCUUCUGAUCAGCCAGUGAUUAAAAUGGGUGGAGCUUCGCAAUAUCCGCUCCAAAACAUCAACAAGAAUGCUAAUACUGGCACUUCUGGCACAGUUUCUUUCAUUAAUCCAUCAAGUAGCAGAAGUGUUCCUGAUACUGCCUUAACAGUUAAAGCCGGGGAAGAAGCAAGUGUAAUCCGAAGAGAGACUGUCAUAAUACCCGAAAACUCUCAUUCUGAAAGUCUCUCACAAACCACCAGCAAGCAAAACACAGGUCCAUCGCCCGUAAUCAGCGGUACCACCGACUGGACAGUUACAGGCUCUCACAUUUGCCCUGUGCGACCUCCCUUCCUUCAUUUUUCUCCAGGCUAUGCAAGCCUUAAUGCUCUACGUAGUUUGAAAACUCCAUUUGUCACUCCAGCCCACUUGCAUCACUGCGGUAAUCAUAUGCUCGUAUGUACUGGUGAAAAUCGGGUAAGAAAUAUGAAUCCAGAGUACCGAAUUGUUCUACCAGAAUCCCAUUGUCUCGCUUCCCGUUCUGAGUCCAGCAUUAGCAUACCAAGGUGGCAACGUGCUACGCUUAUUGAGGAAGACAAGGAGAAAAGAGAGAAACUGCAAAAUAUGAGCGAAUACUCGGAGUCUCAAGCCAAAGAAGCAAUUCAACAGGCAGAUGUCGACCAAGAUAAAACUGAAAGCCAGAGUCAACCGAAUCACUUUGCUUCCUGCUCUCCUUCCAUUAUUAAGCAGGAUUCUGAGCCGAUCACUAUAUCACGAGAUCACACCUCUUACCUUGAUCUCGAGCAAUCUAGACCAAAGUGGAUUAAUGAAGGAACUGAGAGUGAAGUAGAAACCGAAGAAAAAUGCAGAAGUGAGGAUAUCUUGAUACAGACAGGUAAGAGCUUAUAUUCACCAGCUACGAGUGUGGAAAAAUGCUCCUAUGAAGUAACUACUACUCCAUGUCAUUUGGAUUUAGCUUCAAAUUGUCUUAGUGAAGUAGGGCCGGAUCCCUGGUUUCGCUUCUCACUUAGUACAGCUGAGAGCAAUUCAAUGGUGCUUACAUCAGUUGAUCAGAUGGAGGAAUACGAAAGAGAGAUGGACAUGGAGGAUUACACAGAGGCAGAUAGAAGGGAAAGUGAAGCGGUAAAGUCAUCCCAAUGCUUAAGUUUGCAAGCUCAAGUUUCACAAACUUGGAACCAGUCUGUGGAAGAAGUACCAGCAAGGUAUGCAGAAAAAAGUAACGCAGCCCGGAAGCGAGCGAGCUUUCUAAGCCGUGGUCAGAGUGUACCUUUGCCUCCAGGAGCCGUGCCUCCUGGAUUUUCUUCUACCGAGGAGGGGGACAGUGAACCGAGCCCACAGAGCGAAACUAAAAGCAUUGCAACCGUAAAUGAGUUCGGUAAUAUUGACUUUAAACUGUGA